AUGAUGGAUGACUACGUGAGCGAGUCGGAUAGCGACUAUACAAGUUAUUGGCGAGACUGGUUCAUCUCAUCGAGGGGUAACGAGUACUUUUGCGAAAUCGACGAGGACUACCUUACGGAUAGGUUCAACUUGACAGGCCUUAAUACUGAAGUCCAGUACUAUCAGUAUGCGCUAGAUCUCGUCACCGAUGUCUUUGAUCUCGAGUGCGACGAUGAGAUGCGCGAGGCCAUCGAGAAGUCUGCGAGGCACCUUUAUGGUCUUGUGCACGCCCGUUACAUCGUUACAACAAGAGGGCUUACAAAAAUGCUUGACAAGUAUAAGAAGGCCGAGUUUGGGAAAUGCCCUCGUGUCAUGUGCCACUCCCAUCCCCUCCUCCCCAUGGGCCUCUCUGAUGUGCCCAACAUGAAACCCGUUAAGCUAUACUGCGCUCGCUGCGAGGAUAUCUACAACCCUAAGUCCUCAAGACACGCCGCUAUCGACGGCGCCUACUUCGGCACAUCUUUCCACAACAUCCUUUUCCAGGUGUAUCCCGCCCUCAUCCCAACCAAGAGCGUGGAACGCUACGUUCCUCGCGUGUACGGAUUCAAAGUGCAUGCUUCGGCUGCUUUGAUUCGCUGGCAGAGCGCCAAGCGCGACGAAAUGCGCCGUCGGCUUCGCAAGCUUGAGAUCGACACUGGCUUCCGUGAUGAGAUGGAGGACGAAGAAGAAGACGACGAGGAGCUUGAAUUCGAAGGUAUAGAUGGCCGUAUGGCUGUUGUGGAAGGCCUUUAG